AUGUCGGGCGGCCCGGUGAAUAGGGAGGAAGGGACCCCGCCCUCGAGCGGGCCUAGUCCGACCGCACCGGCUGCCAUCAAAAAGUCCAUCUCAUUCAAAGACGAUCCGGAAUAUGCACCAAGCGUACGGCGGUCGGACAUCCCCGCAGCGGCCCAGGCCGACGGGCAUGGGCCGUCCCGCGAUUCACCCCAAAGCGGAGUUGCUCUUCGAGGGGAAAGAGGGGCAUCUUCGUUGAACGCCAGAACAGAGCUGGCCGAGGCCGGGGGAGAUGCUGAGGCUGAGACAGAGCCUGCGAAGGACUCGCAGCGGCGGUUGGACGAGUACCGCGAGAACCUCGCUCGCCAGAUGGGGAGGAGAGAGCUGCCGGUAAGAGGAGGACAACCGACUGGGCUCGGCCCAGCGAGGGUCUCGCCGAUCCUCGAAGAAAAUUCGCCCUCGUCGUUGCCCCGCUCAACCGGGUCCAGCACGGAACCGCUCAACACCUUGGCCACGAAUGCCUCGACCGGGUCAUCGAACCAUACAAUCCGCGGGGCACCCACGCCCACACCUGGGGUGGUUGCGGCCACACCGUCAUACCCGUUCCCACGCAUGACACCUCCCUCGUUCCUCACCCAAGGGGUCCACCGUCCUUUUACCACGCUCUCGCCCACCAUCCCGCCCGAUGGCAUCCGGCCGAUGAGCGAGAUAUUCAAGGGCCAGGACACGCUCGUGUCGAACCUCUCCACGCCGGCUUCGACCAUGACCUUCCUCCCACCGGGGUGCCAUUCAGCAGCCCUGGAGCCGUCCGACUUCCCGAGCCCGAACCUCUACGAGCUGUCCCUGAUGUUAGCGGCUGAACCGGGACUUGAUGCAUGGUGGGACACGGUGGUGCAAAUCAUGGUCGACGUGUACCGGGCCGAACGUGUGACGCUAGCGAUCCCCGCCGAUUCUACUGACAUUGAAAACGUGCCGUGGGGACAGAAGGCGACGUACAAUGCGCAUCGCGAGGACGACCUGAGCGUGGGGUAUCUGGCCAGGGGCUCCAGCUUCCAGCUCAGCAGCACGGACAACACGUCAGAGCGCUUCUUCCAACCGCCCGAGACACCCGGAUGGCCGGGGCCACCAACGCGGCCGUCGCUGCAGAGCCGACAUUCGUUCACGUCGUACGAGGAGAACCGAAAGAGCGCAGCGGGAUCGGGCGAACGGACGUUCCCUUCUUUGCGGCGGCCGAACACGUUGUUGAGGAGCAAAUCCCACCAUCCGUCGCUGGCCAUCCCAGGUUACAAGUCCGGUAACGAUGACAAUGAUGACGAGAGUGGCGGUAGAGACGGUGACGACUCUCAAACCACCAGCCUGAACCAGGAGGCUCUGGAGCAACACGAUGCGUUGGAGGAGGAGCAGCAUCAACAGCAACAACAAGACAUCCCGAGCUGGGAAGCCCCCUUUUCGGCCCCGAGAGAGGGACAUGGGAAGGUGCUGAAUGUGCUCCAGGCACUCGACUACGAAGCCGAUCCGCUGAUUGACCACAACGGGGUUCUCCGCAUCCUGGACCGCGGCCGUGUAGUAGCGCUCACCAGGUCGUACCCUUAUCUCAACCAAGAUCCGACGGGCAAGAAGCAGCCGUCAUCGCACGACAGCCGUGGCGGCCUGUCGACAUCGCCGACCUCGUCCAGGUCUCCCGAAGGAGCGCGUAAGAAAGGGAGGAGACCGCGGUCUGAUUCGCUCUCGAAACUGACGUCGAUGCUUGGCGGUGGUUCUGCUCUCUCGCCUGCGGUACCGGCCGGGGGCGGUCGGAUGUCGCAGCAAAGACCACCAAUACUAGAGAGGAAGUCGACUUUCGCGUCCCGGGCGGAGGAUGAAUCAUUGCCAUCAGCGAAGAAGCCAUCACCGACGUACGAGGAGUACGAACAAGCGCCACCGUCUCCGUGGUCACAGUCGCCGGCCCCUUCGCCUGCAGUGCGAGCGGACCCGGCUGAGAACCCUUUCUUCGCCGACGCGGUGGUCGAUGAGGAGUCGUUCAACCCUUCUUCGGCUCCGACGGACUACUCGGCCAUGGUACCCCCCGAAGCCAUCGGCAUGGACAACGCGUGGACGGUGCUGCACAUCCCGCUGACCCAUGUGCUGCUGUCCCGGCCGAACCCGUCGUUCAAGCUGGACCCCGCUGCUAUGGAACAGAAGAUCUCGGCACGCAAGACCGGAGACCCCUCGGGCGCUUCCGUGCCCUCCCCCGAGCGGCCAGCCAAGGAGAAGCACGCGCCGAUUGCGAUCCUGUCCAUCUUGAGCCCCAUCAUCCCGUACCCGUCGAAUCUGCGCCACUCGCUAGAGCACCUCGCCCCGCAUCUGGCCACGUCCUUUUCGCUCUGUCGGCAUUACUCGAACCUCGAGACGGAGCUGAGUGGCCUGCAGAAGCGACGGCCACACACGGCAGGCUUUGGGGCGCUGGGACCGGACGGACGGCCGCUGGCGGAUCCGACAGCGUUGGCCUCGUUUGCGUAUCUGCCCUCGGAAGCGGACUACUCGCGCGACUCAGUCGCCGGCAGCAUGACCAGCCCUAGCGAGUAUUCUGGCCCAGCUCGUAGUUCGACCAACUCACCCGGCGGAACGCCCAGCCAUGAUAUGUCGUCGCUGGGGCUUGUCUUGGAUCCGGCGAACAACAGCAGCAACAAGAGACCGCCAACCUCGAGCCCUGCUCCCGUUACGGCGGACAGCUACUUUGGACCGAUGAGCACGAGAGCAUCGACGACAACAGCAGCGGGAGGGACGGCGAUUGCGGGCCCACGUCCGAGGGGCAACUCGCGGGAUACACCACCGACGCCAGGGGGAGAGAAACGGUCGUCGCUGUGGCUUUCAACGGCGAAAUCACAGCAACAGCUACCGGAUUCUUCCGCUGCGGCCAGCCCAACCACGGUAGAGACGGCCCGAACGAGUAUCGAUUCUGGGCGUCAACAAGAGUCGGAGGAUGGUAUUUCUCUGCCGAGUAUUGUUACGCCGUCUCAGCAGCAGCCGAUCGAGAAGAGCAGUAGUGGCAGUAGUCUGUACGAGGUGCAUGCGGAUGCAUACAACAAGCAGAGUCUUAAUGCCGCUGCUGCCGCUACUGGUGGGACCGUGACACCGCAUCGACACACGAAGCUGCACUCGUACGGGGCCGACUUUGCGUCCACAUUCCAGUCUCUACCGCCGAGCUCAACAAUCGGACGGGGAAUCCCACGGCCUGCGGCACCCAGUAGGACUGGGUCGAUCGUGCCGAGCGACAUGACGCCACCGUCGGACAAGCUGAAGGGGCUCAUCCUGGACUCGCUGCCGGCGCACGUGUUUGUGGCUCUGCCGCAGACGGGCGAGAUCGUGUGGGUGAACAGCCGAUUCCUGACGUACCGCGGGCAGACAUCCGGCGAUCUGGCGGCCGACCCUUGGGGCAGCAUCCAUCCGCACCACCGCGAGAAGUAUCUGCACAAGUGGAGCCAAUGCGUGCGGACGGGCGAGCAGUUUGCCGAGCGGGUCAUGAUCCGGCGGUUUGAUGGGGAGUAUCGGUGGUUCUAUGCGCGCGCGGUGGCGUCGAAGGAUAAGCGUGGGGUGAUCCUACAGUUCUUGGGGUCGUACAUGGAUAUUCACGAGCAGCAGAUUGCGGAGGACAAAGCGCGGGAUCAGGAGAAGACGGCUGAGUCCGAGGCAAAACAUCGGUUGUUGGCGAAUCUGAUUCCGCAGAUUAUUUUCACGGCCACGGAGGAAGGCGGGAUCACGUUUGCGAAUGAUCAGUGGAAGUCGUAUACGGAUCAGGAUGUUGAUAGUGUGCUGGGGCUGGGGUUCAUGGAUUAUGUGCAUCCGGAUGAUUUGGCCAAGUGCCGGAUUCCGUUGAGUAGCCGCAACAGCAGUGGCGGACAGCAGCAGAACUUGACGACAACGAAUUCCCUCGAGCCGAGAACGCAGUUUAAGAAUCAUGGCCGAUCGCUGUCGGCGGAUUUCACGGCUACGCGGCAGUCGGCGAAGCACCUGAGUGUUCCUCUUACCCCUACUACUGCUGCUUCUCACGCAGCCCAACACUCGCCGCUCGCGCGUAACGACAGCUCAAGCAGCAGCGGCAGUGGCAGCGGUAUUCAUGAUGGGUGUCACUACGAUCUACCGACGGCCAACCUCACCGAGCUCGCGCGGAAGGGGGUCAUCAAGGUGUCAACGGACAGCAGCGGGCGGCUCUCGUACACGACGGAGAUCCGGCUGCGGUCCAAGACGGGCGAGUACCGAUGGCAUUUGAUCCGCUGCGUCGAGACGGGCAACGUCAACUUUGGCAACUGGGCGAGCUCCUACUUCGGGUCGGCCACGGACAUCAACGAUCUGAAGUUGCUCGAGACGAAACUCAAAGAGGCGAUGGACUCCAAGGGCCGCUUCCUCAGCAACAUGUCGCAUGAGAUCCGCACGCCGCUCAUCGGCAUCUCGGGCAUGGUCAGCUUCCUGCAGGAUACCACGCUCAACGAGGAACAGCGCGACUACACCAACACAAUCCAGACCAGCGCCAACAGCCUGUUGAUGAUCAUCAACGACAUCCUGGACUUGUCCAAGGUCGACGCCGGCAUGAUGAAGCUGAACUAUGAGUGGUUUCACACGCGCUCGCUGAUCGAGGACGUGAACGAGCUGGUGUCGACCAUGGCGAUUGCCAAGCGGCUAGAGCUGAACUAUGUCGUCGAGGAGGACGUGCCGGCCUUUGUCAAGGGGGACAAGGUGCGCAUUCGCCAGGUGCUGCUGAAUGUGAUUGGGAAUGCGAUCAAGUUCACGAGCAAGGGCGAGGUGUUCAGCAAGGUGCGCGUUGUGCGGCCCGAUAACAAUAACCCCGAGCCGCGCGACGACAAGGAGAAAGAUGACGACCAGAUUAUGCUCGAGUUCUCCAUCAUCGACACCGGCCGCGGGUUCACCAAGGAAGAGGCCGACCUUAUCUUCAAGCCGUUCAGCCAGAUUGACGGCAGCAGCACCCGUCAGCAUGGCGGGAGUGGGUUGGGGCUGGUGAUUUCCCGACAACUGGCUGAGUUGCACGGCGGGACUAUGGUCGGCACGGCCGUACCUGGCAAGGGGUCGACGUUCACGUUUACUGCCCGCUUUGGCUUGCCCACGGAGGUUGAUCAUCCGGAUAUGCCAGCACCUACACCAGCCGCGACGACGACGGCGACGACGACGACGACGAUGGGUACUAUGCCGAUGGUUCCCGUUCAUCCCCCGGCUGUGGCGGCUCUGCGUGCGACGGGGUCAGAUAACUUUGGUACUGCGGGUAUUUCAUCAACCGGCACUGUGACAUCCCCCCCUACAGCGGCCUCGAGCGGGAGCUCCAACUUCUCCGAGUCGUCCACCCGCAGCCGCGCCACCGACCGCUCGUCCGUGUCGUCCGUCAACGCCGGCCUUGUGCGCUUCAGUCAGGCUGCUCGGGCCAGCGGGCAGGAUCUCUCGCAGAUGAAGCUCGAGAUGCCCCAUCACCACCACCAUCACCGGCCAGGCACGUCCACGCCCACGGACCAUGAGCUGGAAAGGCAGAAGGACCAGAAGGGCGACGGCGGCGAGAAACAGCACAGCAGGUACUCCAUCUUGAUCAUCUGCCCGCAGAACCACAGCCGCGAAGCCACCCGCCGCCACAUCGAAAUGACCCUGCCCAAGAACACGCCACACCAAAUCAAAGCGGUCGCUUCCGUCGACGAAGCCGAUUCCUUCCUGCACGGCGACGACGCCAUCCACCCGACCCACAUCGUCGCCAACCUGCCGUCACCCGAAGAGAUCGUCUCGCUCAUGGACAAGAUCCUCAGCAGUAGCACCGCUGCCCCCCCUCCUUCUAUUUCCUCCGAUCCCGGUGGUGGUGGUAGUGGCUCAUCAUGCACCGCCCUCGCCGACGCCCGCCUCCUCAUGCUCUCCGACUCGGUCCAGCGCCAAGCCGUCACCAAACUCGUGGCCGGAACCAAAUACGAAGACGCCCUGACCAACAGCGACCGCGUAACCUACAUCUACAAACCCGUCAAACCGUCCCGGUUCGCUGUCAUCUUCGACCCGGCCAAGGAGCGCGAUCUGAGUAUCGACCAUAACCGGUCCACGGCGCAAAGGCUGGUGGAGGACCAGCGGCAGAGUUAUGUGGAUAUGGAGCGGAGGAUGGGCGGGAAGGGGUAUAAGGUACUAUUAGUGGAGGAUAAUCCGGUGAAUCAGAAGGUGUUGAAGAAGUAUUUGAAGAGGGUUGGGGUCGAGGUGGAGUUGGCGGCUGAUGGGGUGGAGUGUACGGAGAUGGUGUUUGGGAAGGGGUGGGGGUAUUAUUCGCUAAUUUUGUGCGACCUCCACAUGCCGCGCAAAGACGGCUACCAGGCCUGUCGCGAGGUACGCGCCUGGGAAGCGCAGCAGCUGCAGAAGGAAAAGGCCCAGGAUAAAGCCCAGGACCAUUAUCGCCCCUUACCCAUCAUCGCCCUCUCGGCCAACGUCAUGUCGGACGUGCAGGAAAAGUGUGUUGAGGCCGGGUUUAACGACUACGUCACGAAGCCGGUGGAUUUUAUUGAUUUGAGUCGGGCGUUGGGGAAGUUUUUUUGA